CACACAGUCCUUCUCCUCCUCCUCUCUGGUCCUCUUUGGCUUUAACUUUAUCUCUUCAGUCUUCUCAUUUUUGAGCAAAACCAAGCUAUCAUGUCUUCUCAGUCUACAGUCAGGAUUCAAAGAAGUGGCCGGAGUGGCUUCAGUGCUAACUCUGCCAUCACCCCUGGCAUUAACCGGUCAGGUUUCAGCUCUGUGUCUGUGUGCCGUUCUGGGGGCAGUGGUGGCUUUGGAAGGGCCUGUGGAAUCUCUGGGGGAGCUGGUUUUGGCAGCCGAAGCCUUUACAACCUAGGGAGGUCCAAGAGGAUCUCCAUGGCAGGAGGCAGCAGUGGCUACCAGAGUGGAUAUAGUGGAAGAAUGGGAGGUGGAUAUGGUUUCGGCAGCGGAGUCAGUGGUGGCUUCGGAUUUGGUGGUGGAGCUGGCUUUGGUGGUGGCUAUGGAGGAGCUGGGUUUCCUGUCUGCCCCCCUGGUGGAAUCCAAGAAGUCACUAUCAACCAGAGUCUUCUGACUCCCCUCAACCUGCAAAUUGACCCCACCAUCCAGAGAGUGAGGACUGAAGAGCGGGAGCAGAUCAAGACCCUCAACAACAAGUUUGCUUCCUUCAUUGACAAGGUACGAUUUCUUGAACAACAAAACAAGGUUUUGGAUACCAAAUGGACACUGCUCCAGGAACAGGGCACCAAGACUGUGAAACAAAAUUUGGAGCCAUUGUUUGAGGCCUAUAUUAGCCAACUCAGGGCAGAACUGGACAGAAUCACACGUGAGAAAGGUUCUCUGGAUGGUGAGCUGAGAAACAUGCAAGAUCAAGUGGAAGACUCCAAGAACAAGUUUGAAGAUGAAAUCAACAAGCGCACAGCAGCAGAGAAUGAAUUUGUGACGCUGAAGAAGGAUGUUGAUGCUGCCUAUAUGAAUAAGGUUGAACUGCAAGCCAAUGCAGACGUCCUCCUAGAGGAGAUCAACUUCUUGAAAGCCUUAUAUGAAGCAGAGCUGUCCCAGAUGCAGACCCACAUCUCUGACACCUCUGUCAUCCUCUCCAUGGACAACAACCGCUCUCUGGAUCUGAAUAGCAUCAUUGCUGAAGUCAAGGCUCAGUAUGAAGAUAUUGCUAAGAGGAGUAGGGCUGAAGCUGAGUCCUGGUACCAGACCAAGUAUGAGGAACUACAGAUCACAGCUGGCCGCCAUGGGGAUGACCUCCGCAAUACCAAGCACGAGAUCUCUGAAAUAAACCGAAUGAUCCAGAGGCUGAGAGCCGAGAUCGAUAACGUCAAGAAGCAGUGUGCCAACCUGCAGAAUGCCAUUGCUGAAGCUGAGCAGAAGGGUGAGAUGGCCCUCAAGGAUGCCAGGGCCAAAUUAGAGGAGCUGGAAAAUGCUCUUCAGAGAGCCAAACAGGACAUGGCCCGCCAGCUGCGUGAGUACCAGGAGCUGAUGAAUGUCAAGCUGGCCCUGGAUAUAGAGAUCGCCACCUACAAGAAGCUGCUGGAGGGAGAGGAGUGCAGAAUGAGUGGAGAGGGUGUUGGACCAGUCAACAUCUCUGUUGUGAGCUCCACAGUCUCCAGCGGGUAUGGAAGUGGCAGUGGUGUUGCCGGUGGUUUUGGUCUGAGUGGAGGAAGUGGUUAUUCCUAUGGUAGCAGCGGCAGCUACAGUGUGGGAGGAGGACUCAGCGCUGGAGGUGGCUUCAGCGCUGGCAGUGGGAGAGGCUCCCUGGGGGGCAGCAGCACCAGCGUAAAGUACACCACAACCACAUCUUCCACUAAGAAGAGUUACAAGCACUAACGUGUCUACCAGAUUCUUGGCUCCGGAAUGCCUCAAGUUCCUGCUUCCUGUUCCUAACCCUUAGAAUCAAGGCUGCCAUCCUUUUGUCUGCGGAAGAUGUUGGGGUUGAUUUCUAGACGUGCCCCCCCCUCCAACCUUUGAUCUUCUCUUGCAUCCAGACUUGGGUCCAAAAUUUUAAAUGCCACAUAUUCACCAACUGAAUUAUAGUCCCUGAGUGUGAACUUCCAGUCACGAGAUUGUUGAGAAUAUCGUCAGUGUGCAGGGUCACACAAGUUCCAUCUGAUCCUCCUGUCCAGCUAUCAGAAUAUCCACCUAUUGUCUUUAAGUCCCUAAGUCAGAGGACUUGCAAAAACACCUAAAUGUUCUUUUUAGCAACAGACACUCACUUUGGAUCUGAAAGAAGCAUCGUGUACUUGGCCACCUUCAGCUGGCCAUCUGGAACUGCACCUCUGUUGAAUCCCUAUGUGCUAAAAAGAAGUGGUACUGGUGUUUUCUUGCAGUGUCCCAGAAAGCAGAGGUGAUAUAAGCAGAUAAAAUACAGAAACUGUAUCCUUGUGGGGUGUUUCUUUGGUCCCUUCCAUCUCUUAUACUUGUCUA